UUCAGUGCGUUGACUAAAUGCCACGUCGGUUGGAGAGCGAGCAGCAUCUGCUGGUCUGUAUCAUACCGACUGCGCAUAACCAGCGAUACCGGAGUUUUUGCGGAUCGUAUCGUUACAGGAGUCGUGCUGUGACACAGUGAGGCGUUUACACUGCAGCAGGAGGAAUGGGGAGCUUCAUCAGAGCGCUGUUUCUGAUCGCUGUCGGGAUAGCGGUGUGUCAGCAGACGAUCGCUCACUCGCACCAUCAUCACGGACACUCUCAUGGAGACGGCGGCUGCCACGGACACUCUCACGGAGACGGCGGCUGCCACGGACACUCUCACGGAGAGGUCAAGAUGCAUCAUGGGGCCAGCAAAUGGAGCGCUGAAGCCAACCUGCCCCGUGCUGAAGAGGAGCAUCACGGUCACGCACACGAUCACGGUCACGAUCACGGUCACGCACACGAUCAUGGACACGCACACGAUCACAGAGAAGAGCAACUGAAAAGCGAUGUGGAAGCAGGGAAGCGGAACAUGGUGGAGCUCUGGAUGCAGGCGAUCGGAGCGACUCUGCUCAUCAGCGCUGCUCCCUUCCUCAUCCUCUUCCUCAUCCCGGUGCAGUCAAACACGGACCAGCACCAGAACCUGCUCAAAGUGCUCCUGAGCUUCGCUUCCGGAGGUUUGCUGGGAGACGCGUUCCUUCAUCUCAUCCCUCAUGCGCUGGAGCCUCAUUCUCAUCACGGCCAAUCGCACGGAAGCGACGAGUCACAUGGUCACUCACACGAUAGUGAGGAGUCACAUGGUCACUCACACGAUAGUGAGGAGUCACAUGGUCACUCACACGGUGCAGCUCAUGGUCACAUGAUGUCGGUGGGGCUGUGGGUGCUGGCUGGCAUCGUUGCCUUUCUGGUGGUCGAGAAAUUUGUUCGUCUUUUGAAGGGAGGACACUCUCACUCUCACUCUCAUGCUGCUCCAAAGGCAAAAGACAGCGAUGAAGAGAUUGAUGACAAGAAAAGAGAGAAGAAGGGAGGGAAAGAGAAAAACGCUGACUCGGAUAAGAAACCUGUGAAGAAAACCGCCGAGGCGACUUCGGAUAUUAAAGUGUCUGGCUAUCUGAACCUGGCUGCUGAUUUCACACACAAUUUCACGGACGGGCUUGCGAUCGGAGCGUCGUUCCUGGUCAGCCCGGCGGUUGGCGCGGUCACCACCAUCACCAUCCUCCUACACGAAGUGCCACACGAGAUCGGAGACUUUGCCAUUCUUGUCCAGUCGGGCUGCACCAAGAGGAAGGCCAUGUGUCUCCAGCUGCUGACGGCCGUGGGCGCUCUGGCUGGAACCGCCUGCUCUCUGCUGGCUGAAGGGGUGGGAGCCGCGGCCACCGCCUGGAUCCUGCCCUUCACCGCCGGGGGCUUCGUCUACAUCGCCACCGUCACCGUGCUCCCAGAGCUGCUGGUGGGCCGCUCCAGUCUCUGGCAGUCGCUGCUGGAGAUCCUGGCCCUGCUGUUCGGCGUGGGAAUGAUGGUGCUGAUCGCCGAGUACGAGUGAGGCACGCACGCAGCCGUGUCUGAGAGUAGAAGCUUUAAAAGCAGGCCAAGAGACCAGUGCAGGGUCACCUGACCUCUAGAGACCAAGAGUGUGUUGAGAUGAAUGAUAGCAUUGACCACAGAAACAAAAAAACUGAAUGAAUGAAUGAGGGAGAGAGUGAAAGAAAGGAAGUGCUGAGCUGCUCUCCAGACCAACAUGAAUGGAUCACUUAAUCGUUUUAGCCACAGGAACCUUCCCAGAGACCAACAGCUAGAAAUUCCCCUGCGCUUCUGUGUACUGAUGCAGACAGGAUCGACCAUUACAUUGCCAAGAUGCAUCGCCUGUGCUUGCUGGAGCGCUCGUGUCUCAUCAGUAGACUGCUUUUCUAGAAAUAUCAGUUGUGUUACAUGAUUAAAUCUUUGAUUUUGUUGUUGGCGCAAUAAAGGUUAGCGUGAUUCUUUCUUAA